AUGAGCAAAAGAAAGACAGGCAAGGGUCCCAGGGCACAAAGAGUAUCCGAAAACGAUUCCUAUCAUGUUCCUGUAAGCCUUGUCCAAAAAGAACGGGGAAAAGUGGACAAAAUCUGCCCAUUUGAGGCUUCUGCCUUUUUGGGUCUGUUGGACGACGAUGACAGCGACGAAAUCGCUGAUGAUGAGGAGGAUAACAAGAAGCCGCACAGUCAGAAAGCAAACUGGGAUUCCUAUUAUAUCAGUAGUUAUCCUGUCCCACAAGAACAAGCGAAAAUGGUCCAAUCUUGCCCAUUUUCAGCAGGCUUCUUGGGAUUUCUUGAUGAUGCUCGCGGUCCCAUCAACACAGUUUUUGAUGAUGGCAGUGGCAUGGCAACUGAAAAGGCCUCCAGCACAAGCGCACUAUCCACUCCAAUGGUGGUUCUCCAAGAUGCUGAGGAGGAUAUCCCUUUCCAGAAGCAUGAGAAAAUGGCCCAACAGCUUUUCUCAUUUUUUGCCUUUGGUGGCAAGAAUGGAAUUGCUGACAGACAUGAGGCCCCUCUUUGGAUGCAUGGAAGCCCCGCAACGCCUUGCAAGGUAUCAAGGCUUGCUGAGACGGCCGGACCUUGGGUGCAUGUGGCCCUUUUGACGAUCAUAAUAUGUUCUACCAAUUGGAUGCCCUCUCCUGCACCGACUCCUUGCAACAAUCCAACCCUUGGCAAGGACCUAUUGCAAAGCAAUUGCUAUCGGUUCCUUCAUCCUCCUGUCGAUUGGCAGAUGCCUCAAUUUGAUUUCCCUUUAUGGAUGUUCAAAUGUUGGCAUUCUUCCCUCCUACAUCCAGGCAAUUCACCACUUAUCUGCGGCUUCACUAUGCCAGGACACAAUCUACUGUCUUUGACCCUCUUUGCUUCUCCUUAG